UUCUCUGGGUUCAUAACGCACUGAUUUAAACUUGAGCAAAAUUGUGGAUUAACUUGUUUUAGUUUUGUGAAAGCUUUUCCCUUGGUGUAGACAACAUAAAGAUAUGGCUGCUAUAGCAACACAAGAUCCCACUGGCAGUAUUGCAAGUAUACUUCAUAGACCACAGUAUGCACAGGCUCCUCAGCGCCCUGGUCCUCUGCCCUCCAGAAUAUUACACCCAGAAGAGCAGUUCCAGCUAAACCAGCCCUUUUACGUCCCCACUGUCCAGCCAUUCAUCCCAUAUCAAUGGUCCAUGUCAACUCCAUAUGUACCCUAUGGUGGAUUUCAUGGAUUAGGUUAUGGCAUGAUGCCAUCAUUACUACUACCUCAGUGUUUAGAAGUUCCUGGAUACAUGAUUCCUCAAACUCAACUUCACAUGUUGGACUAUAGACAUCUGACCCCCCAUGUGGCUCCAACUAUUCCUCUUCAGACCCGCCGCUCACAUUUUCAAAACGGUGUGCCCCCUGGUCGUGUGAUGGUCAGCUCAGAGGUGCAAACUGAACCACUUUGUCGUACCACAGACACACAUGAACGUGCAAUAUCUCACAAUUGUUCUGAAUCAGGUAGGGGUACUGACAGUCCAGUGUCAACAUCACCCAGCUCCUUGGAUAACAAAUCCGUAGCUUGCCCUGAAAGUACAUCCAUGCUAACUCAAAAUUACAAUGCCACCAAUGCUAUCAACACUACUGAUUUGUCUGCUGUUCCCAAGAGUGAAAUCCUUCAAGCUGAACACAUGCACAUGAAAUGUGACAAAAUGUUUUAUGAGCAUAAGAAGUUUCAGAACAAGGAUAACAUGGAGCUGGCUAGUCAUAAUGAAACUGACCUUUUGCAGUGCAGCAUGGGUUCUGUACAAUCCUCAGGGGAUGUUGUCUUGUGCUCUUACCAGUCAUUAGCAUUUAGGAAGGAUAAACAGAGAGUUGAAGCUGGGAUGUUAAGCUACUCCAGGAAGCAUUGUCUCCCUGCUUGUACAGAAGUUACUAUGUUGAGAAAUUCUCCAUCUUGUAGAACUUUUAAAACUUAUCCUAAACCAACCAGAUCUGUCAUUACCCAAAGAAUCAAAGCAAAUAAAAACUCUGAGAUGCCAUUUCGUGCAAAGAGCAGAGAUGAUGUCAACAUCUUCAAUAACGUUGACUUUAAGAUUCUGCGGCUGCCAUUUGACAUUGAGAACCAUAACCAGCCUUGUCAGCUGGAAGCUUCUAUCUGGUCAGUAGAGUCUCUGAUACCUUAUGUACCUUCAACUGAGUGGAUGACCGAUAAUGGGCUUUUAAAAACUCCCCAGAAACCUUUGAGCACACUGAAUGAACAUGUUGACAUUAUCUCAAAGCCAAAUUAUGUUCCUGAAGGGAAGAAUCUACAACCUGGUGCAUCAGUUAAAUCUCAUGGUCGUCCAUGUCAGCUUGAGGCCUCUAUCUGGUCCGUAGAAUCGUUGAUGCCUUAUGUGCCUUCAAAUGAGUGGAUGGUUGAGAAUGGGUUUUUAACUCCUCAGAAACCUUUGGGCACACUGACUGAACAUGGUGACAUUAUCUCCAAGCCAAAUUAUGUUCCUGAAGGGAAGACUCUACAACCUGGCGCAUCAGUUAAAUCUCAUGGUCGUCCAUGUCAGCUAGAGGCCUCUAUCUGGUCAGUAGAAUCGUUGAUGCCUUAUGUGCCUUCCAAUGAGUGGAUGGUUGAGAAUGGGUUUUUAACUCCUCCGAGACCUUUGGGCACACUGAAUGAACAUGGUGACAUUAUCUCCAAGCCAAAUUAUGUUCCUGAAGGGAAGACUCUACAACCUGGCGCAUCAGUUAAAUCUCAUCGUCGUCCAUGUCAGCUAGAGGCCUCUAUCUGGUCAGUAGAAUCGUUGAUGCCUUAUGUGCCUUCCAAUGAGUGGAUGGUUGAGAAUGGGAUUUUAACACCUCAGAAGCCACUGAGCCCACAUAUUAAAUCUAGUGACCUUCUAUCAAAGCAGAAUCCGUCUUCCACUGGUACUCCAACAAAGAAUCUACAAACUUGUGCAUCUACCAAACAUGACUCCUUUAACCCCUCUGAGUCCCGAUCCCCAUACCGUCCCUCAACAAGCUGGCUGGCUGACUUUGGUAAUGUAUACUACUACAGUAAACUACCUGUUGUACAGCAACAUCCUGACCUUCCAGAGAAGCAGAAACCAAAGAUGUCCCUUGCCAUUAGUCUUGAAUCAUCUCCUUUCAGAAAUGGGAAAAACACAAACAACCAAACACCAGGAAUUGGCGUCUCUGUUCAGAAUCACUGUUCAUUUCAUACUUGCAAGUGCAAAGGAAAAAGCAGUUUGCGGUUAGCUGGAUCUUCCAUGAAGUCUGGUCAGGUUUCUCAUUCCACACUGGAGAAUGAACUUCCCUUCUGCCCAUCAUGUAGAUAUGAUGAGAAAGGAAAGGAUCAUAGAAAGCCUUAUUUUUCGGACCGUUUUAUCUGCAAAAGAGAGGAGACUACUGAAUUGAAAAACUUAUACAUGAAAAGAGCUACUGCGGGAUUCCAUGGUACCCCAAAGAUGACUUUAGGGAGUCAUUUGACAAAAUGCUGUGCUGCUUCUCGGGCUAAACUGAGUGAAAAGACUGGACCAUGUCAAGAUUACCAAUGCCUUAAUCCCAGCCCUGUUCAAGAUAGUUGUGGGGACCUUAGAUGGCAAAUUUGGGAAAAGAGUGAGGAAGACUGGAUUAACAAUCCAAAUCUGAGAUUGUAACCGAGACUGCAGAGAGAGAUCACACAAGAGGAAGACACCAUGUUUAUUACUCCCAGUCUGCACACCCCAUGGAGGGCUAGAAGGUGUAUUUACGUCACAAAUGGUCAAACCCUUCCUACAAUCAAAUAAUCGCAUGUAUGGUUUUUAUGCAGUGAUUUAAUAAAGUACUUUUGAGUGUGAA